AUGCCCAUUAGAACAAAAGGCGGGGUCUACAAAACAUGCAUACGACCGGUUCUACUCUAUGGAGGCAAAACAUGGGCUUCAUUGAAAACACAUGAGCAAAAGCUUCAUAUCAUGGAAAUGCGCAUGCUGCGGUGGUCAGGAGGAGUUACCCUUAAAGAUAAAAUCCGUAAUGAACAUGUACGUGGCAGUUUCAAGGUAGUGCCUAUUGCUGGGAAACUUAAAGAGUCCAGGCUGAGAUGGUAUGGUCAUGUUAUGCGAGGAUCCGACAAUGACGUGGUGAAAAAGUGCCUCUCCAUGGCUACACAAACAAGAGAAAGAGGUAGGCCAAAAACUACCUGGAUGACGAAUGUCCAGAAGGACAUGAAAAAUUCGGAUCUUUCUACAAACGAUGCCUAUAAUUGGAAGGAAUGGCGCCUCAGGAUUGGUAAAGCCGACCCCGCAUAA